AUGGCCACCGCUCCCGAAAUCCUCACCAAUGAUGACAGUUUGAGGAAACUGUUCGCGCCCAGCCUCAACGCCAGCCUAGCCGGCAAUCCUACGCUUCCAACUCUGCGCACCGUAUGUGAAAAAAUGUUAGAAGAAAACAGAAAGAUGUGCAACAUUUUGGACCGCGACCUUCGCUGGCAUGCCCAGUCCCAUCUCAAGACGGCCAACAUCACUGCCCAGCAUGAUAAACACUUGAUAUCGCUUAGAACCGGCUUGGAACGACAGCUCCAAGAACACCAGCAGAGCGAAACAGCCUUGAACAAGCAAGUUUUAGACUUAAGAAGCUCUUACACUAAAUUAUCUCAGGUUCCUGCCCAGAAGAAGUGUGUGAUGAGCUUGGAAAUGCCGUAGAUGAAGCUAAAGUUGAAGCCGUAAACGAGGAGGAUCAUGAGGAAGGUAGGCAGCGGUGAAUAAGUAGGAGAUUAAAGUUUUGAGCUGAAAAGUUUGCUUGAGUGACAGUGAUGCUUUUAGUUGACGAAGUGGUUGAUGAGGAGGAAGGCCAAGCUGGUGGUGAAGUAGGUGAAGGCGCGGAAGAGCGACAUGGUGAUGAUCAGCCCGCUGAUGAGAAUGAAGAGGAUAAAUUUGGAGCUCGAUUGGUCGAUCAACAGCUACCAGAUCUGGGCCAUUUGAGUGGUGAGUAAAAAAAUAGGUGUUAGUUGGAAGGAGGGAGAGGGGUAAUCAGGGCAUAUGUGGCCAUUGUACAUUAAACAAGCUCGGCGUAAGAUUAUCCAUCAAAAACAACGGUCACAUCAAAUGAGAAACGCGGUGCGAAAGUCAAAUUUACCAGAUACACGAGAAAGUUCAAAUUUUACCAGGUACACGAGGAAGCUCAACUUACUGGACCUUGCGAAUUGAAUAUAGAAGUCGCAGUAAGUGCUUUGGACAAACCAUGUGUUUUAAAAGGAAUACGUAGAAAUCGCCAAAUCGGAAUGACUGGUGCUGUUCCGGCUUUUAGCAUUCCAGAUGACAUGAUCGUAAGCUUUUGAACUUAUUUAAAAUUUAAAAUACUUGUAUAAAAGUUACAAGAAGUUCAACUUUUAAUAAAAUUCACAAAAAAAUAUACUUAAUAUUCUAAUACCAAUAUUUGGUUGUUGCAAAUUCCGCGAAAUGGGAUUAGAAACGAUGCGUUAGAGAACAUAAUCAAUCAGAAAAGUGAGCAACCUAAUAAAAAAAUACCUUUUUCUUGCUAAUGCACAUGAUUUACGGGCCCUUCACAAUUGUAAAUAUAUUCAGAUGGAUGGUACCCACCCAACUUGUCCAGCUCCCUUUGA